CAAAUUAUUCAACAUCGAAAUUUUCUCCAUUGCAAGCAACUGUAAAACCCCACGUCCCCACUUCCCCACUUCCGCACUUCCCGUACUCCUUGUUCUUCACACGCCUUUUUUCUCUUAAAUAGAAUAUUAAUAUUUAUGAAUUGGGUCUGGCCGUCUGGGUGACACUGUCUCAGUACUCAACAAACCCAGUUGAAGUUUUCGUCUCUACUUUGAACAAUGGAGCUCGAAAAGGGAAAAGAACUCAUCUUUAGCUGAUUUUCGAAUCUGGGUACACCCCAAAGUUUCUCUCCCAAUCUUCUUUCCUAAAGCCAAUCUUCAAGAGAUCCUCUUUUGGUUUGAUUUAAAUUAUGUCUUCUUCAAGUUUCAAUUAAAGUCACUGCAGAUCUAUCUCCUGUGAAGAAAUUUUACUUAUUUUCUUCUGGCGAUCCUUCUAUAGAAUUUCUGCUGCUGCUUUACCUCUAUGAUUAAAUCUCGUUAUUAAUGUUUUUGGCGGGUUUAUUCAUUUUCCCAUCUGGGUCUAGAUUUCCUUCUUUGAUUUGCUUCUCUGCUUAAAUUAGGAGGACAACAUUGAUUGGGGGUUUUGAGAGGCAGAAGGAUAUGGCUCUAACUCGAUUUGCUCGUCAAGCAAAACGUCCUCAUGGGGUCUGCCUGAAGAUGACGGCAGUUGCUACUUUGGGUCUUUGUUUUAUAUUCGUUUGGUCUAUGUUCUCCAACCCUUCAUCUUCUCUCACUACUCGUAGGGAAAGCUUUGAUGACAUUGCUGAGCCUGUGUCUGCUAGUACAAGGGUAAGGGAUCCUGGGAAUGUGUCUGAAGAAAGUGAAAAGGCAAGACAUGUUCCAAGCAAUCGAGAUAAGAAACGGAAAGUGAAAUCUGGUUUGAAGGAAAAAGAUGAGAAGAAUGUUACUGGGUCUGUGUCUUCAUCUGUUCAUACGCAUAACUCUGGGAAAAAGGCUGGCAGGCAUGCUUCAACUAGGAAAAGGGAGGACAAGAUAGAAUCAACUAAGGAAACAGAAAAGGAAAAGCCGGAAGAAGGAUCUGAAGAGGAAGAUUCAGAGAAGGAAGAGGAAGAUGGGGAAGAACAACAGGAAGUGGUGGAUGGAAGGGAAGAAAAUUUGGAUGGUGAAGAUGAAGUUAAGGAGGGUACAGAAGGUGAUGGUGAUCUAGUUGAAUCAGUGGUUAAAGAGCCUGAAGAGAAGGUGGAAGAUGAGAAUGACGGGUCAAGAAGUAAUGGAAAGACAAGAAAGAGAAGAGGUCCAGUGUUUGAUCCGAAAGCACAUUAUACUUGGAAAUUAUGUAGCACAAAGAGCAAGCACAAUUACAUUCCUUGUAUUGACAUUGAAAGUGCAAAGCUGCAAAGUUAUCGACAUACAGAAAGGAGUUGCCCAAGGACGCCUCCAAUGUGUCUUGUUCCUCUUCCCCAUGGUGGAUAUGAGUCUCCAGUGCACUGGCCAGAGAGCAAAUUAAAGGUAUGGUCUAGUAACGUGGCACAUCCAAAACUUGCUGCAUAUAUUAAGAGACACAGUUGGUUGGUUGAGUCUGGAGAAUAUCUUACUUUUCCUCAAAACCAGUCUCAAUUUAACGGUGGAGUUGUUCACUACCUUGAAUUCAUUGAAGAGAUGGUACCAGAUAUUGAAUGGGGAAAGAAUAUACGUGUAGUGCUGGAAAUCGGAUGCACAGAUUCAAGCUUUGUGGCCUCUCUUCUUGAUAGAGAUGUAUUAACGUUAUCACUAGGCUUGAAGGAUGAUCUUGUUGACCUAGCACAAGUCUCCGUUGAGCGAGGUUUCCCUACAUUUGUUAGCCCCUUUGCAAGUAGAAGGCUUCCUUUUCCCAGUGGUGUUUUUGAUGCCAUUCACUGUAGUGGGUGUAACAUACCUUGGCAUUCUAAUGGGGGUAGACUACUUCUGGAGAUGAAUAGGAUUCUGAGACCCAGUGGGUACUUUAUCUUGUCAACUAAACAUGACAACCUUGAAGAAGAGGAAGCAAUGACCAAAUUGACUGCUUCCAUCUGUUGGAAUAUUUUGGCUCAUAAAACUGAUGAGGACAGUGAAGUGGGUGUCAAAAUUUAUCAGAAGCCAGAGUCUAAUGAUAUAUAUCAGCUGAGAAGGAAGAAAAUUCCACCUCUAUGCAAAGAAAAUGAAAAUCCAGAUGCUGCCUGGUAUGUUCACAUGAAAUCCUGCUUGCAUGUCAUUCCAUCUGCAAUUGAACAACAUGGGACAGAAUGGCCAGAGGAAUGGCCAAAGAGGCUUGAAACUUAUCCUGAGUGGAUGAAUGACAAAGAAAAACUGAUUGCUGACACUAAUCACUGGAAAGCUAUCGUCGACCAGUCGUAUCUUGCUGGAAUCAGUAUUGACUGGUCAAGUGUGAGAAAUGUAAUGGACAUGAAAGCCAUCUAUGGAGGGUUUGCUGCAGCACUCUUGUCGCAGAAGGUUUGGGUCAUGAAUGUUGUGCCUGUCCAUGCACCAGACACUCUUCCAUUCAUUUUUGAACGUGGACUCAUUGGCAUCUACCAUGACUGGUGUGAGUCUUUUGGGACUUACCCAAGAUCAUACGAUCUUUUGCAUGCUGAUCAUUUGUUCUCCCGCCUUAAGAACAGGUGUAAGCAGCCUGUUUCAAUUGUUGUUGAGAUGGAUCGGUUACUAAGACCUGGAGGUUGGGUUAUUGUUCGUGAUAAGGUAGAGAUAUUGGAUCCCCUACAGGAAAUCUUGAGAAGCUUGCAUUGGGAGAUGAGAAUGACUUACUCUCAGGGAAAGGAAGGCAUCAUAUGCGCACAGAAAACCGACUGGCGGCCUUGAUCUCUCCGUAUCUCUAUAUCUGAAGCCUUUGUUUUCUGCUGGUAGAACUGCAAAGUUCAUCAAGAACAAGCGCUUGCAUUCAGAGGCCUCCAUUUUGCUCUGGUCUCCAUUCGUUACAAAGGAAACAACAGAGUGUUCAUAUUGUUUGUGAGGUGUAUCCUACUUUAUAAUUUUUACUUUUUACCACAGCUAAUUUUAAUUUUUUUCUUCUCAAUGUUUACCCUUUUUGACCUUUUAUUUUGAAAAAAGGAUGGUAGGAUUUGUUUUUAUACAUCAUGGCAGUAAAAGGUUACUCUAUGG